GCUACGUUUUUGAGCUUAAGAUUUGGAAACUUUGGAUGGUUUUCUUGCUUCUUCUCCUUCUUCCUUAACAUACAACCAUGGAGUUGGAGUUUUCUUUUCUUUUCUUUGUUGCUGCCGACAGAGAGAGAGAUGAAGAGAGGUGGAUGCAUGUGGAUGGAUGAUGGUGGAACAUGAUGAUAAUAAUGAUAAUAGUGGUUUUGGGAGUAUUAUAUAAUUAGUUUGGAGUAUUGUAUUAAUGAAGUUAGUGGAGGAUUAUAAUGAGAUUGUGGAUAACGAUGAACAGUUGGCCAUCAGGGCACAACUCCAACAACCCUGUCGUACUCCUACCUGCUGGACAGAGCUCAGCGAGAGGAGGUUGGAAGGGCCUGAUCUUGUCCGUGAGACAGAGGAGAAGGUCCGACUCAUUAAGGACCGACUUCAGACAACUUCAGACCGACAGAAGUCAUACGCGGAUCUGAAGAGACAUGAUAUUGAGUACGCCGUUGGCGAAAAAGUAUUCCUCAAAGUUUCUCCCUGGAAGAAAGUUCUUUGCUUCGAUCCUACACAUAUACUUCAAGUAGAUUCAGUCACUCUAGACGAGAAUCCCACAUACGAGGAGGAACCAGUUGAAAUCCUAGCCCGAGAGAUCCGACAGUUGCGUAACAAAGAGAUUCCAUUGGUCAAGGUCCUUUGGAGGAGUCACUCUGUUGAAGAGGCAACCUGGGAGAUCGAGGAAUCCAUUACUACAUCAAAAACAGAUGCUGACAACUGUUUCUUUUAGUAGUCUCACGGUGCUGAUUUCAGUAGUCUUCCGAGCAGCUGUCUGAUAUAUUUAUAGACUAUUGUUUAAAAACAGUUGUGUAAAAUGGUUGACGACACCUGUUUUGUAAUGUUUUAGAGUACGACUUUUCAGUGUUGUCUUUGUAUGAGUAAGACAUCUGUUUUUUAGAGUUAAAGAGAACUGUGAUUUUUUGUUGUCUAUCUAUAAUGAAUAUUACUGUUGUUU